CCCUCUGCCCCUCUGCCUUGCGUACUUUUUCUCUCAGAACAUAGAAGGUAAAAAAAAAAAAAACAUGAUCUUUCCAAACCUUCUCUCUCUGCAUUUCUAAAGUGAGAGAGAGAGAUGAGGGGUAGUUCUUCAACGCGAGAAAGCAAAGGAGGAUUGGAAAUUGACAGAAAGCUGAAUAAUAGUAAGCUGAAAGUUGAGCCUCACCUCUCUGGUGCUUAUAUUCGCAGCCUUGUGAAGCAACUUACCUCAUCAAGGACCAAAGACCCCAUGAACCCUGAUUGUGCUGAUGGUGAUCAUAGUGUUUCUGCCCAAAAUUUAGCCAAAUUUGGUGAAGGAUUUAGUGAAACCCCGAAAGACCAGCCACCCCAACAACCUCAACAGCAUAAAAAAAAAGUUAGGAGGAGACUUCACGCCAGUAGGCCUUACCAAGAAAGGCUUCUAAACAUGGCUGAGGCUAGGAGAGAGAUUGUGACUGCACUCAAGUUCCAUAGGGCUGCUAUGAAACAAGCCAGUGAGCAACAACUAGAGCGACACCAAAAACAACAGUCACAACCCUUACAACCAUCACCUCUACAAAUUUUUGAACAGGAAGGCAAGAUAAAAUCUAGGAGAAAUCCUAGAAUAUACCCCUCAAACACUUCCAAUUUCACAAAUUAUUUAGACAAUCUUUCAUAUUCAUCUUUCUCUAAUUUUCCUCCCCCUCCUCCUGUUUCACAAGUUCCUCCUCAUACUUUUUCUGAAACCUUAAAUUUUACUCUUCCAAACCAAACCUUGGGCCUAAACCUCAAUCUUCAUGAUUUCAACGACUUAGACAUAUCUCUUUACCAGAGCAGCAACAACCCAUCAAUCUACUCUUCCUCAUCUCCAUCAUCAUCUUCUUCUCCUACUCCUUCAUUUGCUACUGAAGAACAUCCUUCAGCUGCAAUUGGGGGCCCAUCUGGUGUUUCUGAUGUUUCGGGAUCCUGCGGUUUCGGAACUGGGUUACAUCCAGCAAUGAAUGAUGAGAGAAUGGCUGAGAUCAGAUCACUCGGAGAACAACAUCAGAUAGAGUGGAAUGAUACAAUGAAUUUGAUGACAUCGGCUUGGUGGUUCAAGUUCUCCGAGACCAUGGAACUUGAACCUGAACCUGAAGAAAUGAAGAGAGAGGAAGAUGGGUUCCAUCCGUUCGAUGAAGUCAUGGAGUUCCCUAACUGGUUGAACGCAAAUGAGAGCUGCCUGCAACAACAUCUCAGUGAUAACUGCCCAGAUGACUACCUCCAAGAUCCUGCCUUGCCCUGCAUGGAUAUUGGGGAAUUUGAAGGAAUGGACAGCGAAUGGCUAGCUUGACAAGGAUUGAAUUUUUUUUGUCAAUAAAAUCUUUGUCACCCUUCUCUCUCCUUUUUUUAUCCCCUAUUUGGUAGUGUUUUAGAAACUUUCUUCAAAUAAGGCUUGCAAAGAUGUUGAAAUUGGCAAGCCAUAGACGAAAAUAAUGGAAGAAAAGGGCAUGUUUUUCUUCCUCACCAAUGUCUUAAUACACAAUAUAUCAAUAUAUGUAAAAGUAGCUCUCAUAUCUAAAUAUUCUAUAAAUGUUAUUUGAUUGAAUGA